CACACUCCAGAGUAGCCCUGGAAAGGGAACGGUCUGUCUUGCCAGAAAUCAUGGGCCUGGCAGGUUAUACUGAAGUUCAACAUCUGUAACACUAGCAGAGAAUCAGGCUAAACAAAAGCGAUCCAUUCUGACCUUAAAGUCAUGAGUCGUGAGAUUAACUCUUGACAGUUCUUCCAUGUUUUAGCACAUACAUGAAGUGGGGCUUCCUCGAUGAGUUAGCCUCCAACAGGCUGCUACUUAAAGACGCGAAAGAAAUUUCAUUUGCUCAAGGCAAAAAGCAGCAGCGUCUCCGUGACAGCCCCAGGAAUGACGGCUGCGUUUCGGCAUAGAUCAGACCCAGCAAAUCCCAAAGGACAGGUAGUGGGCCCGAAAGGAACUGGACAGAACGUUGCACGGCAGCUCUCGUUUCCGCAGGCAGACUCCGUCACGACUGGCACGGCAGGCUCUUUUCAGGAAUGACGUUUUUAGCCGGUGCUGUCGGAUUGCACAUUCUUCACUCGGAAGGAAAUCCUUCGGUUGCAUGGCCGAUACCAUGAAAUGGCACCAAAUGUUGUGCCCAUGGACUAUACAAAGGACCCAGAUGUUAAACUACCUAUGCAGCUUAUAAUAAACAUGCCUGAACUAAAGGAGAAUCCCUUCAAGGAAAGGAUUGUGGAAUCUUUCUCAGAAGAUGGAGAGGGAACCCUCAGCUUCAAUGAUUUUGUGGAUAUGUUCUCUGUGCUCAGUGAAAUGGCUCCCAGAGAGCUUAAAGCAAUCUAUGCCUUUAAGAUCUAUGAUUUUAACACAGAUAACUUCAUUUGUAAAUCAGACUUGGAAAAAACCCUCAAUAAGCUGACCCGAGAAGAGCUAACAGCAGAAGAAAUCACUUUAGUUUGUGAGAAAGUGAUAGAAGAAGCUGACAUGGAUGGUGAUGGGAAACUAGGAUUUGCAGAUUUUGAAAACAUGAUUUCCAAAGCACCGGACUUUCUCAGACAGCCUUUGCAAGCUUUGUACUGCUGUCAAGCAAAUGAAGAUGCAGUAAAGUCUGUUGCUUGAUUUGCACUGCUGUGGUUGAGGAAUUUUUUUAAGACUAGAAGAAAACACUGCUAAUCAUUGACCAGGGAAGAAGAUAUGCAUUUUUGGCUGUUAUCCCAGAAGCUUGAUACUUUCCACAUAAGAAUCUGAAGAGGUUUCUGUGAGCCAGUGUUAACAGAACUUACUUGCCAGUCCAGCCUUUCUGAAUCUCAGGCACUUUGGGGGCUUUUGUCCUCUAAUUAUGGCUUCUUAGAACUCAGCAGAAAGUACUGCAAUAGUUCUGGUCCACAAGGAGACAGAAGCAUCAUGUGAUCUACAGGAUAUUUGGAACAGUCACAUUUUUAUCUUCACUGCUGGCCAAGCACUCUGGCAGAGAUGGUUGGUUGUUGGCUUGUGGUUUUUCUUUUUUUUUCUUCUUUUUUUAAACAGGCAGAAUGAGAAAGUUAUUAAAGGUAUUUCCACAUAGUUUUUAUAUUUAUGAAUAUUUAAUACUGCUCUUUAAAAGCGCAAAAAAAAAAAAGAUGAUUGACAGAAAGAUUAGCUUUGGUGACUUUUCCGAGAGUAUUUGGAAGAAAGCAUGGGCCUUAAAUAAUGAGAUGCCUCUAUCACUGUGUUGUACAGCUGGGGAUCUUGCAUGGAAAUUAUCUUGGGUGAAAGAACUGCAGUCAAGAUCAAGCUCCCAGUGUUGAAGACAACCACAUCCCAGGUUUGCCUUUCAGUCACUGAAAUGGCAGUUGCUGGGUUUGGUGCUUACCUUCAACCAAUACUUUAUGGAUCGUCAUGUCCUUAUGAAACUUGAAAUAAUUGCCUUUUGUAUAUGAUAACUACAUACAUGAUUCAUUUCUUCCCAAGAUAAAUGUUAAAAGUGUGUCCUUAUUCCUAAAAGGGGUCCUGCAUUUACUCAUUCUAUGGGCUGAUAAUGUUGAAUGGAAGAAUAUGAUCAUCUGUAACUCAUGAAGAAGUUAAAGAAGCACAGAACUACUACCAAGGACAUGAAAAGACAUUUUCUUUCUAAACUAGCUAUGCAAUCUUUCCCAUAAAAUGCAUGAAUGCAGCUCUAUAUUUCUCUUCCCUCUCCAGCUGGAAAUCAGCUAGAUUGAUUUAUUAUUGUUUUUUUUAAUUCCAGUAUUGUUUAGGUACUGGGGCCUGAAGACAAUCAUAUGUGUAUUACUGUUCUAACAGUCAAUAGAAGGGCUCUGUCACUUACACGGCUUCUGUAUCAAAGUCAUCACAAUUAAAACUUUUGACGCAU